ACUAAGACCUAUGCGGUCAUUCUGCAUCUGUAGUCAUUGUCGAUACAACAAAUGUCUGAGUUGUUUAGUAAUUCGUAAGUUUUUAAUUAAAGUAAACAAAUGUGAUAAGAACGAAAAACAACAAAAAAUGUGUGACAAUUAUCACGCACAUAUAGAAUCGCUUCGUGUACAGGGUAAUUGAUCUUUCAACACUUAUUUAGAUCUGGUAUUUAGUAGCGAAAGUUAUCGCGUCAACAUAACCUCUAAGAUGUUUAUACAACAGUGUUGAUUAGCUAGAAAUUCGUAGAACAUAAACAUUUUUAGAUUUUAUUGUAUGUAUAGAAUAAUACAUUAUGUUAUUUAUAACUAACGGACAAAUUGCCGAAACUUUGUUCCUCUACAUGAAUAUACAAUAUUGAAGGUGAAGAUUUUCUCCAGGAAGUGGAAAGAAAUAAUAACAAUGAAACGCAAACCAAAAUUGACCACAACUGAUGCAACAGCUCCAAAGAAACAUCACUGGGCAACAGGCUUGCUUAUUUCUAUGGAGGACCCUGAACUUAAAGUGAAGGAGGAUGAUAAAAUAGUUGUUAUUAAGGACAAAUAUCCAAAAGCCCAAUAUCAUUAUUUAAUCCUACCAAAAGCAGAUAUCCCUUCAUUGUGGCAUAUUAAAAAAGAGAAUGAAGAUUUGUUGUUUCACAUGGCUAAAGUUGCUGAUGAUUUAAUUAAGGAACAUAAGGAUUCUGAAUUUUUCAUUGGGUAUCAUGCUGUACCAAGCAUGCACAGGUUACACUUACAUGUAAUAAGCACAGACUUUAACAGUCCAUGCUUGAAAACAAAGUAUCACUGGAAUUCGUUUACAACUCCGUUCUUUUUGCAUUCGGCAGAUGUUUGCAAUCAGUUACGUGAGAAAGGUGAACUUAAAAGAUUAAAAUCCGAGGACAGUGCUCAACACCUGAACACUCCGCUGAAGUGUCACAAAUGUUCAGCCACUCCGAAAAAUAUGCCCGAUUUGAAACGGCACUUGCUGGUUCAUCUGUCGGAUCGAAAGGGUAUGAAUAUAGAUUAAUGAUAAGUUUAAUGCAGGAAUUAAUUUGAAUAAGAAUCAAUGAUUUAUCCAACUAAUUACAUGUGUGUUUCUAUCCUAUAAUUUCCCAAAUUAUAAAUUUAGUAAUAAAUAUAUAUUCUUGUGCAAUACAUUUUAACAAUAAAACAUUGCAAAUUCACAGUGCUAAUAUUGACAAAGUUAUAAUUUUAGAAUACUAAACAAUGUUAUGAUGUAACAAGCAGCGUGUGUGAAUACACGAUAUUCUAUAUAUA